CUUCUCACCACCGCCACCACCACCAAGCAGAGAGGUGACCUCGCCGGCCGACAGCGCACGCCCGCCUGAAUACGCUGCAAAUUCCCUUGUGAAAUCUUAGCAUAACUGCGAAGAUGGCCUUUACAGCUCGACCAAUCCUGCGGGCCGCUGCCCGCCCGGUUCGUGGUCUGCACCAGGCCCGUCACGCACAACAGGGCUUCUUCUCCACCACGACGUCCCAGCAGAAGCUGCCUGGCGGCACUCCUGGCGAAACGAAGGACCCAAGCGAGCAGAAGACGCCUCUCGGCCCCUACUACGAGUCGAUGCUCAUCGACCCCCAGCCGAUUCCCAAGACCAAGCCUGAGGCGCCCCCAGCCUCUUCGCCCAACGCCCCUCGCUCCACCUCGACAUCCUCUUCGUCAGCGACCGGCAAGGCCAAAGCAGACGCUUCCAAGAAGACUACCACAGAGGCAGGUCGACUUCCUACAGACCCAGACCCCGUACCAGCACCGCCAUCUCCAAUACAGCCACCACUCUCUGCUUCUGCUCCUCCCGCUGCUUCUUCCUCCUCCUCCUCCACCACUGCUGCGAGCGAGCCUUCUCUUUCUUCCAAACCCUCCUCGCCAAUCACGUUCGGCACAAAACUAGGCGGUCCCGCUAACGAGGCCGCCCGCGCAGAGCGCCUGAAAGCCCUGCGGCUCAGCCAGGGCACGCUGAUAGCCGGUAUUCGCGUGCCCCCGCGGCCCGAUGAGCCGGACAACUGCUGCAUGAGCGGUUGCGUCAACUGUGUGUGGGAUCGUUAUAGAGACGACAUGGAGGAGUGGGCGGCGAUAUCGAUGCGGGCAGAGGCCGCGCUGCAGGCACAGCGGAGCCAGGGCGCGCCCAGCGAGCUUGGCAAAGUCAGCGCGGUCAAGGGGAUGCCUUCUGUCAGCAGAGUUGGCGAGGCGGUCAGCAUGGACGACGACGGAGGUGGCUCUGACACCAACUGGGUCGACCCUCUGGCUGGUGCCAAGGCAGGCGAUUCCAAGCUCGCUAAGGACUUUUGGGACGACGAGCUUUACAAGAACGUGCCUGUGGGGAUCAGGGAGUUUAUGAAGCAGGAGAAGAGGUUAAAAGAGAAGCAUGCGCGGGAAGGCACUCGUGGUGGUUAGCUAGCGUACGUGAGCAAUUAUAAUCACUGAACCGCGAAUCCUCCAAAGCCCGGAGUGACCAGUCUCCAACGUGCCAAGCGUUGUCCACAGCAACAAGGCUAGUCUUAAGCGUUCAUGGAGGACCGAGGUAUUAUAUCAUAUGAUGUGUAUUGGAAAGCAGACGACCUCUAUAGUGUGUAUAUCUCAUAUCCUCGUCGCCA